CCCAUGCAGCUCCGCCGGCAACCGCUUCCCGCGCCCCGGCCGGGGGACCCGGACCCCGCCGCCCCCCUGCUCGUGCUGCUCCUGCUGCUCGCCCUCCAGGGGGCGGCGGCGGCGCCCGCGGGGCCCGGGGAGCCCACGGACUCCGGGUGGCGUCAGGACGCGGAGCUCCCGCGCGGGCUUCUGUCGCAGGCGGCGCGCGCGGCGCUGCACUUCUUCAACUUCCGCGCGAGCUCGCCCAGCGCCCUUCGAGUUCUGGCUGAGGUGCAGCAGGGCCGCGCUUGGAUUAAUCAAAAGAAGGAAUAUAAAGUUGAUCUGGUGUUUACCACGGAGCUCUACAACCCAGAGGAAGGUAAGGAACAUCUGGGGAAAUGUUCUGCUCGAGUGUUUUUCAGGAAUGAGAAACCCAGACCGGCCAUUAAUAUAACGUGUACUCGGCUCAUUGAGAAGAAGACAAGACAAGAAGAAGAUUAUCGGCUCUACAAGUACAUGAAGCAAUUUAAAAACCUCUUGGAUGUAGUCAGCAUACCUGAUAGUCAUGGACAUAUUGAUCCCUCUCUGAGACCCAUCUGGGAUUUAGCUUUUCUGGGGAGCUCUUACGUGAUGUGGGAAAAGACAACACAGUUUUUACACUACUACAUGGCACAGCUCAGCAGUGUGAAGCAGUGGAAAACAAAUGAAGAUGCAAUUGAUUUUGAUUAUACUGUUCUACUCCAUGAAUUCUCAACACAGGAAAUGAUUCCCUGUCAUAUUCACUUGGUCUGGUACCCCGGCAAACCACUGAAGAUGAAGUACCACUGUCAAGAGCUACAGACACCAGAAGAAGCCUCUGGAACUGAAGAGGGAUCAGCUGUGGCACCGACAGAGCUUAGUAAUUUCUGAAAAGCAAAAAAGAUCUGUUUAUACCAAAUUCUGAACAAAAUGACUACACUAAAUAGCCUAAAUCAUUAUUCUAGUAAAAUAGCCAAGGUAUAAGGCAUUCUAAUAAUUUGGGAAAGCCUGUGAUUACAAGUCAAUACUCAAAAAUUAAAAGAUA